CCGCGUGCCGAAUUGCAAAAGAAAUGUCGGUAUCUUCGUCCACACAGGGAAAACAAGUUAAAUUUUACCCUUCCAGCUCGGCCAGCUCUGAUAGGUAAUUACCAAUCGCUGUGCUUAAAAGUGAACAAAUUUAUUUUAACAAAGUGAUCGGCGAACACAUAACUACAUACAUAUAUGGAUACAGUAUCUAAAUUCACUCUUGUUGUUUUUGUUUUAAUUGCUGUCACUGUUUGUGCAAGGCAGGCAUUCAGUGCGCAAUAAACGAUUCAGCGGCACAAUAGUAGAAUUUAUUAAUGAAAAUUCUUAAAAAAUCAUGAGUGGAGAAGUGACUAUGCCACACAAUGGAAUAGUAUGCAAAAGUGAUAUCUUGAAGAAAAUUGACAGCGACACGGAGAUGCCCCUCAUCGAGCAGCCUGUUAAAAAACUACCGUCAGUAACAAUAUCUACUGCAUCAGUGUCUAAAUCAUCCACGUCGUCAUCUUCUUCGUCAACUUCAUCACAUAUUUCGUGCACCGCCGAUAGCGGCAUUGGUAGUCUCAUUGAUGAUCGCUCAGACUUAACGGAGCAACUUUAUGUUGAUCCAAAUCUAUAUGUUGACAUUGGUAAUGGGGAUUAUUGUUGCCCCGCCUCACCUACCACUGUGCCCGGUCGAAUAGUGUCAUCAAAUUCAUUGGAGUCACCAGCACGUACCACUCCAUCACGACCGGCGCGCCGCCAACGCACUACUUCAGUGAAUAGUCAAUCGACCACCGCCAAUCCGGCAGAGUGCAUAAUCCGUGCCAAUAACCGUACUAUUUACACAGCUGGACGACCACCAUGGUACAAUUGUGCCGGUCAGCAAGUAGAACCAUUCGUUAUUGGAGUUUGCGGUGGCAGCGCAUCCGGUAAAACAACAGUUGCACAAAAAAUCAUCGAGAGCUUAAGCGUACCAUGGGUGACAUUGCUUUCCAUGGAUUGUUUCUACAAGAUAUUAACAGAGAAACAACAUGAACAGGCGUUAUUGAACGAAUACAAUUUCGAUCAUCCAGACGCAUUCGAUAUAGACUUAUUGGUGGAGGUGUUAACGAAACUAAAAGAGGGCCGCAUGGUGGAAGUGCCCAUAUAUAAUUUUGUAACACAUUCACGUGAAUCAAAGACUAAAACUAUGUAUGGCGCUAAUGUCAUAAUUUUUGAGGGUAUUUUAGCAUUUCACAGCCCAGAAAUACUUAAACUCUUAGAUAUGAAAGUAUUUGUAGACACUGAUGCAGAUAUACGUUUAGCAAGGCGUCUAAAGAGAGACAUUUCACAACGUGGGCGCGAUCUCAGUGGUGUACUUAAGCAGUAUUUAACCAUGGUGAAACCUUCUUAUGCCAAUUAUAUAGCGCCAACAAUGGCUCAUGCUGAUAUUAUCGUGCCACGCGGCGGCGAAAAUAAAGUAGCCAUACAUCUCAUCGUGCAACAUGUGCAUACACAAUUACAAUUGCGUGGCUUUAAGUUGCGUGAAACAUUAGUGAAUUCCUAUAAAGAUCAACCAAUGCCAGAGUCGCUACAUCUACUGCCACCAACACCACAAAUCAAAGGACUGCAUACUUUUAUACGUUGUCGUAGCACUUCGAGAGAUGAAUUCAUAUUCUAUUCUAAACGUCUUAUACGUCUGGUUAUUGAAUAUGCAUUAAGCCUUUUCCCAUUUAAAACAACGACUGUGGAAACACCCCAAGGCGUGCUCUACGAAGGAAAACGCAUGGGUUCUCGUAAAAUAUGUGGCGUAUCUAUAUUGCGUGCUGGCGAAACAAUGGAACAGGCUAUAUGUGAUGUUUGCAAAGAUAUACGUAUCGGCAAAAUUCUUAUUCAAACUAAUCGUAACACUGGUGAACCAGAGUUAUACUAUUUGCGAUUACCUAAAGAUAUCAAGGAUUACAAAGUCAUUUUAAUGGAUGCCACAGUGGCUACAGGUGCUGCUGCUAUGAUGGCUUUACGCGUUUUGCUUGAUCAUGAUGUACCAGAGGAGAAUAUAAUAUUAGCUUCUUUGUUGAUGGCUGAAAUCGGUGUUCAUUCGAUUGCGUAUGCUUUUCCAAAAGUAAAAAUUGUGACAUCUGCACUGGAUCCUGAAGUAAAUGAUAAGUUCUACGUGAUACCCGGUAUUGGUAAUUUCGGCGAUCGCUAUUUCGGUACUGAACCUUCUGAUGACUACCUUUAACUAUUUAGAUUUAAAAAAAUUAAUUUAAUAAAAUAAAGAAAAGUAAUUUGAAUGGAA